AUGUGGGAUCUUAACGACUCUCCGGCAGCCGAAGCCGCCCCGCCGUCGCCGUCCGCCGACGACUCCGGCGCGUCCUCCUCGUCGGCAGCCGCGCCAGUCGAGAUACCCGACGACGCGGACGACGACUCCGCCGCCGCCGCUGCAGCCGCGGACGCCGUGGUCACGCGGCAGUUCUUCCCGGCCCCGGCCGCCAUCGGCGCGGCGCCCGGCUCGUCGAACGCGCGCGCGGGCUGGCUCUGCCUGGCCGCCGCGGCCGCACCGCCCGCGGCGGGCAGCAACGGCGUCGCGCCGGCUGGCGGCCCCGCGGCAGGGGCGGCGGCGACAGCGGCGGCGGCUGGUGGCAAGAAGAGCCGGCGCGGGCCGCGGUCGCGCAGCUCGCAGUACCGCGGCGUCACGUUCUACCGCCGGACGGGGCGGUGGGAGUCGCACAUAUGGGAUUGCGGCAAGCAGGUCUAUUUGGGCGGAUUUGACACCGCUCAUGCGGCGGCUCGGGCGUACGAUCGGGCCGCGAUCAAGUUCCGCGGCGUGGAGGCCGACAUCAAUUUCAGCUUGGAGGAUUACCAAGACGACAUGAAGCAGCAGAUGGGCCACCUGAGCAAGGAGGAGUUCGUUCACGUGCUCCGGCGGCAGAGCACGGGGUUCCCCCGGGGCAGCUCCAAGUACAGAGGCGUGACGCUCCACAAGUGCGGGAGAUGGGAGGCGCGCAUGGGCCAGUUCCUCGGCAAGAAGUACGUCUACUUGGGCCUGUUCGACACCGAGGAGGAAGCCGCCAGGGCGUACGACCGCGCGGCCAUCAAGUGCAACGGCAAGGACGCGGUGACAAACUUCGAUCCCAGCAUUUACGCCGAGGAGCUCGAGCCGGCGGCGGCGACGGGCGGCGGCGACGAGCACAACCUGGACCUGUCGCUGGGGAGCUCAGCGGGGAACAAAAGGGGCAGCCUUGACAGCGGCGGCGGCGGUGGCGACGACGAGACCUCGGACCAGCGCGUCCCCAUGGCGUUCGACAUCGACUGGCAGACGGCCGCGCCCCGGAGCACGAAAGCAAAGCUCGACGCGAGCUCGAAGCAACCCCAGAUGCUGCCUCCUCCUCCUCCUGCCUUGCAAUUGCAAGUCGCCCAGCACCUGCCGUUGCCGUUCAGCCCCAGGCAUCCGCAAUUCCUGAGCAACGGCGAUCCGGGGACCGCGGGAGGCCUGUCCCUUGCGAUCGGCGGCGCCGUCGGCGGAGGCAACGGGCACUGGCCUCCCCAGCUGCAGCAUCAGCAGCAGCAGCACCAGCAGAGGCUGCACGGCGGCGGCACGAGCUGGCCGCCGCCGCCACCGCCACCGCCACCGACCACCGCCGCGACCGCAGCAGCUGCAGCAUCAUCACGAUUCCCUCCCCACGUUGUUACGACGCAAGGCCCGGCGGGCUGGGUUCAGAAGAAUAUGGCUUCCAUUCGCUGGCCAGGCCCACCUAGAUCAGACCAAGAACCACGACACGACUGGGCGUUCGUUCACCGAUCGUCUUCCACGGCAGAGGUCGAUCAUUUGAUCUGA